AUGAUGCUGUCGGCCGUGAUGGUGCCGUCGGUGCUAUUCCCGGUGGUGUUCCUGCUCAACCUCGUGGCGAUGCACUACAACACGGUCAACACCAUCCCCUUCAUGGCGGUGCUCAAGAUGGCGCUCAUCUGGGUGUUCGUCUCCUUCCCGCUGUGCGUGGCCGGGAGCAUGUUCGGCCGGCACUGGGGGGGCAAGGGCAACUUCCCCUGCAGGGUCAACAGCAUCCCGAGACCGAUCCCCGAGAGUGUAUGGUACUUGCAGCCGAAUGUCGUGGUUCCAUUAGCGGGGAUCCUGCCGUUCGGUAGCAUCUUCAUCGAGAUGUACUUCAUCCUGACCUCGCUGUGGGCAAACAUGUACUACUACGUGUACGGCUUCGUGCUUCUGGUGUUCGCCAUCCUGGUGGUGGUGCUGGUUUGCACGACCAUCGUGGCGGUGUAUUUCGUCCUCAAUGGAGAGAACUAUCACUGGCAGUGGGUAUCCUUCUUAAGCGCAGCGUCUACCGCUGGCUAUGUUUUCCUGUACUCUGGCUACUACUUGUGGUUCAAGACACACCAGAGUGGCUUCAUGCAGAUCUCCUUUUAUUUCGGAUACAUGGGGCUGUUCUGCGCGGCACUCGGCGUCAUGUGUGGUUCCAUCGGCGUCAUGGGCAGCACGGUCUUCGUAAAGCAAAUCUACCGCAACAUAAAAGUGGACUGACCUAUGGGACAGCGAUACAUUAUGUUGCUAUUGUCGAUGUCGUUAUCGUUGCUGAUGCUGUUGGUCGCGGUGGAUUCUAGCCUACAAUAGUUUGUUUUUUAUGAAUGGCGAGGGUUCGUUUUUUUUGUUUUUUUUCCUUCUUGUGGUGCGUGCCAAGGCUGCCUGGCACUAUAUAUGCACGGCUGUUGAACGGGUCUUGCUUGUUGCGAGACAGGUGUCGUGUAGCGCUGCGUCAAGCCUAGGGGGCUUGGCAACGUGUUUUUGGGACACUACUGCUGUGGUGUGCUCGAGAGGGCACACAUUUGUCAUUGGUAUAAGCCGUACUACGCUGUGGGCGUGCCCUGCAAAAGUCACAUAACCUAAGUACACAAGUGAUUGGUUCCGUGUGUAAGACCGCGUAGAUAAGGCCGGUCGCCUUGUAUGAGGCCAGUGAAAUCGCGUGGCACCGAUGGAAUACCGUAGGUGACAUGACAUAAGAUAUCACAC